AUGAGAACUUUGGUAAGUGCGCGACUUGUAAAGCAGGAUACGGUGCGGGUACUGUUCGCGAUGGUGGCGGGCGCCGACGAGCAGGAGCUGGACGCCCCGUCCGAGUGGGGCGAGAUGCCAUCGUCGAGCGAGCAGCCGUGGAGCGCGGAAGACGAGUUGGAAUGGGAGCAGGCGGCUGAGGACUUGCAGGCCGAGUUACGUGGCCCUGUGGAGGAGGUGGGGAACAGGGAUGCUCAGCUGGCUGCGCCAGAAGGGUGGGCAAGGAGGCUGCUGGGGUUGUUUCAGUGGCGCCGGACGCCGGUGCGUGGAUGGCUUGAGAGUGACCGGGCCGAGAGAGAGCGGCAGGAGAGGCAACAGAGGCUGCUGCAUGAGUAUGCCACGGGUUGCUUCUAUGCGGGUCUCCUUGUUUUAUCGGCCAAGCUGAUUGGGGACUAUCUGGAGCCACAUGGCUACGGCAAAAACACUAACUUCUGCACCCAUGCGGCUGACAUGGCCGGCACCUUCACCUUUAAGGAUCAGGCGCUGCAGGGCGGGUGCAAGUACACUGGAGGAUUGCUGUGUGCCUAUGUUGAUGGCGCGGCUCGGCGCGUAGGCUGUCACUGGUUCGAGAAUAAGCCGGAGAUGGUUUCUCUUUGGGAGAGCCUAAAACUGCGCCCGACCUUUGUAGGGUGCCAGCUCUACUGCGACCGGCUCAUGACUCCGUCGGAGAGAGUGGAUUACCUCAAGUUCGUCGCUGCGCUCCGUCCCGGGGUCGUCAGUUUGUAUACCCCCAUCAGUGUCGCGGAGAGAGACGCGUUCUACCGAACCCGCGGCAAGGAAGUCUCCUUCGAGGAGCUGGUCCGAGACGCUGCCGCGGAGAUUUACACAGAGGUCUUUCGGCUACAUCAAGACUCUCGCUGCUCCGGGACCGUACGGCUCCACGACGCCACAAAUGUCCGCAAACUUGACGACUGCUUUUGCGGCUUGGACUCCGUCAGCUGUGAAGCCUCCCCCUCGUCCGACUCUACCGCAACCGACUCUGCCGAGUCAGAGAUUGCGGAGUCCGAGAUUGCCGCGUUCGUCUCCGUACACACUCCCCGCAUGCACGUGCUCGACAUGAUCGAAAAGGGGGCCAACUCCACGUCCGUCGCGCGGCUCAUCGGCGCUUGCUCGAACCUCUGCUACAAAGCCCUCCAGGCGGCGAAUGUCAACCCCUUCAUCUAA